GAUUGCUGUUUGUCUGUCCCUCUCCCUCACGUCCACGUCUCUAGCCCACACCCAUCAGAGUAGUGUAGAAACCCUAAACUUGAAAGCAUCAUCCACCCUUUCAAUCACCACCCACACACACAUCUUAGAGGUGCGGAGAGCAGAGAGGUACCAGUGCCAGGUGCUCCCCAGCUGCGGAGUUCAGGGCGGGUGAGCAAACAAAGGUGGCGCCGCUGCAGAGGAACCGCCUGCCUCCAGGCCCCACCCUAGCCCCACCCCCGUCCAUGACUCAGGGCUUUUCCCAAUGUCACCUUUCCCAGGUCAAGCCAAAGUCUCCUCAGCAGGAAGGAAGCUGGACCAGCGGUCACACCCACUCCAGCACCCUGCCUUUCCAUCUUCAGAGUGCGGGUGGCUGGCCACAGCUUCCUCUUGAUUGCCUCUGAGGACGGGCUGCUCGCUCCCUGUGUUGCUCUCAGGCGUAAACCGGCUCACACCACCUGUCCCCUUUCGACCCCGCAUGCACACACACACAGUCCCUCUGGCUACACUCUGGGAGAGUAAGCUGGUCAAGCUCCAUUGUGUGUGCCUUGGGGCAGGGCACUCUGUGAAGGUGGCCCCUGCACAUGAAAAAGAAUACAAAAAGAAAAAGAAAACGGAGGGAGACCUCGUGGACCAGCAAUGCCUCAUUCAGAACCAGAGGAGAACAUCUUCCGGGACCCUUGUGCGGCAUCCUAGUGGGACGCUUUGGCUGCAGAGUGACUAUGAUGCUGGGGGGGCUGUUGGCCAGCCUGGGCAUGGUGGCCAGCUCCUUCUCCCGUUCCCUCAGCCAGCUCUACCUUACAGCAGGAAUGAUCACAGGCCUGGGCAUGUGCUUCAGCUUCCAGUCAAGCAUCACGAUGCUGGGCUUUUAUUUCAUCCGCCGGCGGGUGCUGGCCAAUGCGCUGGCCUCCAUGGGUGUCUCCCUGGGCGUCACCCUCUGGCCACCAUUUGCCAACUACCUCCUGGAAGACCUGGGCUGGAGGGGCACCUUCCUUGUCUUCGGCGGGAUCUUUCUCCAUUGCUGUGUCUGUGGAGCCGUCCUGAGGCCGGUGGCCACCAACACAUCCCCUGAGACUGGAGAAGAUCCCUCCCCACCUUCGAAGACACCUGCCCAUGGCUGCUUGGCAACGUGUGGUUUGGUCGUCCGGCACCACCUGGCCUUUGACAUCUUGUGGCACAACAUGGGCUACUGCGUGUACACACUGGGUGUGACGUGGAUGAGCUUGGGCUUCUUGUUGCCACAUAUCUUCCUGGUGCCAUAUGCCAGGUGGCAUGGGGUGGCAGAGGACAGGGCAGCCCUGCUCGUUUCCAUCUUUGGUUUUUGCAACAUCUUCCUGAGGCCCGUGGCGGGGCUGGUGGUAGGCCGGCAGAGAUUUGCCAGCUGCCGCAAGUACCUGUUCAGCCUGGCAGUCCUGCUCAACGGGCUCACCAACCUGGUGUGCACGGUGUCUGCUGACUUCUGGGUGCUGGUGGGCUACUGCCUGGUGUACAGCGUGUCCAUGUGUGGCAUUGGCAUCCUCACCUUCCAGGUCCUCAUGGACAUUGUCCCCAUGGAUCGGUUCCCCAAUGCUCUGGGCCUCUUCACCAUCCUAACUGGCAUCGCUUCCCUCAUCUCCCCACCACUGGCUGGGUUCCUCCUGGACACCAGCAACAACUUCAGCUAUGUUUUCUUCAUGUCAAGCUUCUUCCUCAUCUCCUCUGCCCUCUUUAUGGGUGGCAGUUUCUAUUCCCUGCAGAAGAAACAGCAGCAAGGCAGGGAAGCCAAGGCAAAAGGAACCAUCUCAGAGGCCACCCCAGUGAAGGGUCCUACCCUGGAAGACAAGGACGGUCACAAGAAGCAUCUGUGUCCUGAGGUCAUGUAUGUGACCAGUGUCUAAGCCUCAGGGGUUACAUGUGUAAGCAACAACUGAGCCUUGAGUGACCCCUUUCUCAGCCCAGGAACAGGGCUUCCAGCUGCUUGGAUAGGUGCUGGUGUAGAGGGCAGCCCCGGAGGCCUGAAUUGAAGGCUGUCUAGGUUCUGCAAGUUGGGACUCAGCCAGGAGCUGGAGGCCAGUCUCAGAGGACACAAAAUUCCUUCCAGUCAGCAGAAUCCAGGAAUAGGCUUUCCUCCUUGAGACCAGGAAGGUUGGUCUGAACUCUGUUUCACGUAGUCAUGGCCGGCUCAGCUCCGUGGGUCACUCACUGAUGUUCCUACAACCCGACACACUGGCCUUCACGCCCAACCUGCAUACCUCCAACAUCAGCUCUGCUUGUCCUUCCCUGGCCUCCAGUCAGUUCUGAAGAGCUCACCCUCCUGUCCCUCUUCCUAAGUGGCCAACCCUCACCCUCAGGGCAGCCAAGACCAUGGGUGUGGUUGCUCCUACACACCUGGCUGGGCUGAGCUGACUGGAGCCCUGGGACCAGCAGUAGCAGAAGCCCAGGCCGAGUGGGCCUCGAUGCAGGAUGGAGACAGAUUAAAAUUUGGGUGGGAUGUCCAACUGGUACCAGUACCUAUGCAGAGGAGGGGCACCCCGGUCUUGGGUACCAGAACUGGUGCCCUAUCUCAGUAGGUUGCUCCAGGGCCUUCCUCUCCUUUGCCCCACCUAUAGCCUUGGUGGGAAGAAUAAUGCUGUGGUUAGGGAAAAGCAGGACAUCUGCCACCCAGGGAGGCAAAAGCUCACCAGGCAGCGCAGCAUUGUGAGAAUGGAGCUGCUUUCAACAGAAGCCUUCCCACUCCCUUCCCUGACUCAGGGAACCCUCUUCUCCCUGGUGCUUAGAAGUGUCACUCCUGGGGCUGGGGAGAUAGCUCAGCUGGUAGAACGCUUGCCUUGCAAGCAUAAGGCCCUGGGUUCAAUCCCCAGCACGGCAAAAAAAAAAAGAAGCGUCACUCCUGGGGCAAGUAGCAGGCCAGGCCAGGCCAGCUGCCAGUCCACCCCUACUCCUGCUGGCCUGGCCCUGCAGCCUGGAGGCCAGGGCUUUCCCACACACUUUGUUGGUGCCCUUCUCUGAGGUCAUCACCCAGAAUCGGCUGUCAUCAGCUUAGGCUUGUCUCAGCAGGAUACCCCAGGGAAUGGGAAAACAGAGUUUGUUUGAAUUAUAUACAAAAACAUUCCCUGCAGCGGGUCAUAAACUCUGAACUAAUAAAGGCAGAGAACAGGUCUGGAGUAGUUUCCUCCCUCCUCCUUCCUUUCUCCCAGCUUGGCAGGGGCUGCUUGGGCUUAGGACCUUGUGUGUUGAUUCAGGUUAAAUCAGGCUCCAGCAAGAAAACCUUACCAGGAGAAAUUAUUUUGUUUUUAUGACCUGGUGCCAGCCUUCCUCUUCCACCUGUCCAUCUCACUUGAAUAACCAUCCUUGGGGCCGUGGGGUCCCAAGACUCAGUGGCAAGUGCCCCCUUAUGGCCAGAGGAGGUAGUGCAAGGCAAGGGACACGGGCUGGGAUAGAGACAGGUUUGACUGUCACAAUUUGCUGUGUGGCUUUGGGCAAACUGUUUACUAUCUCUGGGCCUUGAAAAAAAAGGAGGUUAGCCUGGAUGAGCUAACAUCUCUUCCAAUCUGAAAAGUGAUUCUGAGUGUACUUUAGAUUCCUGUUACCUUUCUGCUCCCCACCAAGUUGAGCUUGGUCAACAACUGUAGCUUGUGUUCAGAAGGAAACAUGCUGCGAUACAUUUUUCCAUCUCAACUGAGUGAAGGAGGGAGGUGCGGCUGGUAGGUAGGUGCUGGUUUCCUUCAGGUUUUGAGAUGCUCUGCAUCCCCUAAAUGGUCCACUUCUUGAAAACACUUAAGCAAGAGUAGCAAAAAGCAGGAGGGGUGGAAUGGUUCAAUAAAUAUUUAUUAACCAUCUAUUGUGUGCCACAGACUGGGUAGAGAAGACUAAGACCUGGUCGCUGUCCUUAGCACAAAACCAAGGACUGAGAAUUCUUUUAA